AUGCUGUCUGUAAUCCGGCGUGCGCUGGGCCAGACCGCUCAGCGGGCAUGCCGUCGAUUGUCCACGGUCACAACGGUGGAACCAUUGACCGAUUCAUCUUUGGCCGUUGACGUCGAGGAGUCGUCUACGCAGGUCCUCAAGAAUGCGUUGCAAACGACGGAGCUGGCAUCGCCGUCGGCGGUCAACCCGUUUGUACCGCCUGUAUACUUGACUAUGUCGUCCCUCCUUCGGCCAACUGAAGAUGCUCCUCCUACGUCACAGAACGUCGUAGAACUCGAUCCAACCGUCUUUGGACACCCUAUACGACGGGACAUCCUGCAUCUGUGUGUCGUUCACUACCUGGACUCCCUUCGGCAAGGGACAGCAUCUACGAAGACGCGUGGCGAAGUACGUGGCUCCGGUGCCAAAAUUCGACCACAGAAGGGUUCAGGGCGAGCUCGACUUGGAGAUGGCCAGAGUCCGAUGUUGCGAGGCGGAGGAGUCGCGUUCGGACCGAAGCCACGAGACUUCGCGACGAAGUUGAACAGGAAGGUCAUCCAGAUGGGGAUGCGUGUCGCACUGAGUGCACGUGUGAAGGAGAACUCCCUGGGUAUCGUGGAGAGCCUGGAGUGGCCUUCAGGGAAGACCAAAGACCUGGCGAAGCGGAUUGACGAGCUUGGGUGGAGGAAGACGCUGUUUGUAUCUGGGUUGGAUACGGUGCCGGAGGGGCUCAUCAGGGCGAGCAACAACAUCCACAAGGUGGAGGCUGCGACCGCGAAGGACGUGAAUGUGUACGACGUGGUCAAGUGGGACAGGGUGAUUCUCGACUUGGCUGCUGUCGAAUGGUUCGAACGUGCGCUUAGCAAAACGGUCGCGGCUCCUCCGCGGGUGUACGACGUAUAG